AUGUCCGUGCAACGCACAGGUCAUUCUCUCCGUGUAAUAGUGUUGGUAUCGGGUAAGCGGAAGUGCGGGAAGGACUUUCUGUCCCAGACACUGAAGACACUGCUCGAACAACGGGCUCUGUCGGUUUGUAUCGUGCACCUCAGCGCCCCCCUAAAGCGGCAGUACGCGGAGCUACACGGUCUGGACUUCGAUCAGCUGCUGACCGCUUCCGACUACAAGGAAGUGCAUCGACCGAACAUGGUGAAGUGGAGCGAGGCGAUUCGUGACAACGACCCUGGUUACUUCUGUAGGCUAGCAGUUGCCGAAGCGGUAGCAAAAUCGGAGGAGAAUGACUUCGCUGUGUGGAUCGUUGCCGACUGUCGUCGGCCGUCGGACAUCGUCUUUUUUGACACCAUCCUUCCAGCGAAGAGCGACCGUAUUCCGCCAACUAUACUGAAGGUACGAGUGGCGGCGUCGGACGCCAGUCGCCGGGCUCGCGGAUGGACAUUCGUGGAUGGAGUGGACAAUGGUGCCACUGAAUGCGCGUUGGAUGCUUACGACCACUGGGAUUUCUGUAUCGAGAAUGACCGCUCGUAUACGCUUGACUUGAAUCAGUUGGCGCUUUUCUGCGCGCUUGCCGAUUCACUGUCGAUGGCCAAUCCAUUCGAGGAAGAGCCGAAGAGUUACGUGAGGCCAAGCAACAGCUCCUAUUCGAACUUCUCCGCUUCUGACUCCAAACAGGGCAUCUUCGAUGACCUUAACUGUUACGAGCAACAGAUCGAGUCUACGUUGCAGGAGUCGCUCGAAAGCACCGGAAGAAGUUUGAGGAUCUUGCAGGAGUCAGAAGAUAUCGGAAUCAAUACUGCCACGGACCUAGUGGAGCAGGGCGAGAAGCUGCGAAAUGUUGAUACGAAGCUUGACGAAAUUCACGAGAGCACGAAGCAAACUCAACGUCACUUGAAUAACGUGAAGAGCAUCUUUGGCGGUAUCAAGAAUUACUUCAGCAGAGAUAAGGACAAAGGUCGUAAGUCGUCGUCGCAAGUGCCCACCGCAGGGAUGUCCCGUGAUAAGAAGUUAGAGUCGACCGUUGAUCGGCUGAAGUCGGAUUCGACUGUGCCAUACGGCGACACCUAUCAGAACGGGUAUUCGUCACGUAGCGCUUCAGGCACCCUUUCCGAAACAAGCAAGGCUGCAAUCGCUGGCACUCGCUGGGGCGAAAUGGAUGACGAAAUAGAAAACAACUUGGAUUUGAUGGGAAACAGCUUGCAGCGAUUGAAGGAACUGGGAUUGGCGUUGGGAAGUGAGGUCGAUCAACAGAAUCAACUUCUUGACCGAGUUGCCAACAAGGCAGAAAAGACUAAUCUGAUUGUCGAAGGCCAAAACAAACAAAUGAAGAAAAUUCUCGGUACAAAAGCGGAAAAGAUCAAAAUUAUUCCUGACCGAUCUUCUGUUCCAAACCCCGUUCGACAGUUAAGUUAG